UAAAAUAGUUUGCGUCAAAAAAAAAAGUCAACUUCAAACCAUGAUAUCCGAUGACAUCAGGCAUUGAAAAUGAUCAAGUGCACGUGAAGCGAUCUCUUCAUACGUCACUUUUAAGUCAAUUUCUCAAAAACAUUGAUAAAUACACUAGUCAACAUCAAAUAUUAAAUACAUUACCAGACCUACAAUCCAUUUAACCAUCCCAAACUGCCUCUUCAUAGAUUUCUAACUGUUGAAAUACAAAACUUCUUCUAAAAUGUUAUAAAUGUCAGUACAUUUCUGAAUGGUCGAAUGCUCCCUUCUCCCUCCCCCUACCUUUCAAAAACAUAAAUAAUUUGGGAAUUUAAAGUCAAAAUGCCAUGUGCUAGCCGWAUUGACAGUAAUUACAAUGAAAUUUUUCGGAGCAAUCAAUUCAAAAUAGGAGAAGAUCGUGUCCAGGUGGAAAUCGAAUGAUCGAUCGGUACUGUUGGUCCCCGGAGUCAAUUUAAAUGCAGAGUCCAAGUCAUUGUUGAUCUUCGGACUGGUAACGAAGCACUCAUCUUGUGUUGGUGAUCAUAGAUUCUCCGAAGGGGUAUCUAACAUUUCAAGGAUUUUGAUCUUAAAGAAUUGAAGAUAAAAACAGAUUUUUAUGGAUUGUCGCUACGAAUGGAGUGGAUAUGGUUUUGGUCAUCAGAAGGGAAAUCUCACCGCGUUGAAUUAAACUCAAUCCCCAGGGAAUUUAGCUUGUCGUUUGGCAUCAUCGACGAUCGAAUCUUCGACGGUCUAUUUCACCGUUCGCCGGUCUAUAAUCUUGUUGAUUUCAUCAGCUAUGGAAGAAUUAUAGAAUCACAAUGUGUUCAACUUUAAUCCCGGAUGAAAAUUCUACAAACUUGACAAUGAAUGGCUACACCAACUGUAGCGAAUCGACGGCAGUUCCACAAAGCUUUAGCACCAUAUUCAUUGUAGUAUGUGGUGUAAUCAUGGUAUUAAUGAUAGCUGUGAGUGUUAUGGGCAAUGUGAUUGUAUGCUAUAUAGUAUAUCAAAAACCAGCCAUGCGCUCAGCUAUAAAUCUUCUCCUCGCAACACUAGCCAUGGCCGACGUUUUGACGGCAGUGUGUUGCAUGCCAUUCGCUCUGUUUACUCUGAUAGCCCAAAAGUGGAUUCUAGGCUCUGUCUUUUGCCAUAUCAAUGGAUUAUUCUACUCGUUUCUUGUCAGUGAAUCGACGCUUGUUUUAGUGACAAUAUCUAUAGACCGUUACCUCAUAAUAGUAAGAAGAAAAGACACUUUAACGCCGCAAAAAGCGAAAGUCUACAUCGUCGCUUCGUGGGUUGGAGCAGUUCUUUUCGCUGUUCCCCCUAUAUUCCAAUGGGGUCAGUAUAUGUACACAGAAGGUCAAUUGCAGUGCUCUAUUCGGCUUACAAAGCUCAACGUACGAGACAAAUCUUACGGGAUAGCCUACUUUUCGUUUGCGUUUAUUCUCCCGUUCGCCAUAAUGAGUUAUUGUUACUAUUGCAUUCUCAGAACGGUUCGACGGAAUUCUCAACGCGUUGGCAACCAUCCCCCGGCCGCUGGGGCACCAAUAAGGCUAACAGCAACCAAGAUAAAUCGUCCCGGUCGGAUGGAUAUAAAUUACAGUUUCAAAACGCGAGCCUUUACGACAAUUUUGAUACUCUUUCUUCUGUUUGUCAUAUGCUGUCUUCCUUACGUAACACUUCAAUUUUAUAUGAUUUUCUUCGAGUUUAAAGCAGUGACUCCCAUGAAAGAGAUAAGCGCUGUUUUUCUAUUUCUCACAUACUUAAACUGUACUUUGAAGCCUGUUAUUUAUUACUGGAGAAUUGGUAAAUUUCGCGAGGCGUGUUUUGAUAUUAUGCCCGCUUGGUGCUUGCAAAUUCCAAAAUGUCUUCCCGGCAGAGCGAUUCGAAGAAUUCGUCCCGGAGAGCGAUACAAGGUUGACCGAAAAGUCGCCGUGUCAUCAAUGUAAUGUGUGGAUUUUCURCAACAUUGAAUGUAGUUUUUUCAAAGAUUUUUACAAAUUUUAGAAUUAUAUAUGAAUCGCUCGAGUUCUCAUUAUUCGAAAUAAGACGCUUUUUCAAGGACCUAAAAAGUCAACAYACACGUACAUGUGAAAGCCACGAAAUAAAAUCUAAAGGGAAAAAAUUCUCAAGAAGUACAAUCCAACGCGGAAGAAUCAGCUUAAAAAGCAUUUUAGGUGUAAUAUUUUUCGAGUGCAGUUGAAAUUCAAUCUUGUUGGGCCCUUGACAAAGCGGACUUUUACAAAUCUUAAAGCGAAUUCAAUGCUGGCAAAUUUAAACAAAUAAAAUAUAUUUUAUUCAUA